AUGCUGGUCCCUACUGACCUGAUCCACGUACCCUGCUUGGAUACAACUGGCUUGCUCAACGCAGGUCCCAACCGCAACACAAACCCUCAAAAUGGUGAGCAGGCCUACUGAGAAUGAGCACCAGCAGAAUGCACCAGCUUACCCACCGACAAUAGAUGACCUCCUGCUACGCAUCGAUGCGGCAUUCAACCGCUUCUGGGCCCGACUAGAGGCUCACCUUCCGGCAGAACUGACCCGAAGCGGGGGAACUAAGCAAGGUGGAGAAGAAUGGGGAGUGAACAAGCCUUCUCCGGGCACAUCAACGCGGCGUAAACAAGCACCAAUCCACAAAGGCCUAUCUAGGUCUACAGCACCAAUCCACAAAGGCCUAUGUAGGUCGAAAGCACCAAGGGCAGCACAUCUUCGGUAUCGCUCAAAGAGACAGAGGCCGCAAGCAGCAAAGUAA